AAUGAGCAUGGCUUCCCAAGUCGGGGAAGAAAUCGAGGAGGAAAAUAAGGAAGAAGUUAAGGAAAAUGGUGUCGUAGAAGGGUCCGCUGAGCUUACUAAGAAGAAAAGGAAGAAGAAGAAAAAGAAGAAGACUUCGGGUGACCAGGAGGGUGUUAAUGAAGAAGGGGAUGCACCAGUGGAUGGCGUUAACGGAGUGACAGCAAAGUUAGCAGAUCAGAAACUGAAUGGUGUCGAGGAAGAAGAUGGUGAGGGAGGAGAGGAAACUGCCACCAAAAAGAAGAAGAAGAAAAAGAAGAAAAAAGGUCCAAAACAGCAGACUGAUCCCCCUUCAUUGCCCAUCAGUGAACUGUUUGCUGAUGAUCAUUACCCAGAAGGACAGAUCAUGGACUACCCAGUGGACAAGAUGAGUAAUCGAUCUGCAAAGGAUCGUUUUACCAGCGAGGAGAAGCGCAUGCUGGACCGCAUGCACAACGACAUGUACCAGGAAGUCAGGCUUGCCUCAGAAGCCCACAGACAGACUCGCCAGUAUAUACAGAAGUAUAUUCAGCCUGGGAUGACCAUGAUUCAUAUUUGUGAAACAUUAGAAGGCAUUGCAAGAAAGCUAAUAAAUGAGAAAGGCUUGGAGGCUGGACUGGGUUUUCCAACAGGUUGUUCCCUAAACCACUGUGCUGCUCACUACACACCCAAUGCUGGCGACCCAACAGUCUUAGGACACGACGACGUUGUCAAGAUUGAUUUUGGCACACACAUAAAUGGAAGGAUCAUUGACAGUGCCUUUACUUGGACCUUUAACCCUAAGUUCGACAAAUUAUUGGAAGCUGUGAAAGAUGCUACAAACACAGGAAUCAGAGAGGCUGGCAUUGAUGUGAGGCUGUGUGAUAUAGGCGAAGCCAUUCAGGAAGUCAUGGAAUCCUAUGAGGUGGAACUGGAAGGAAAAACAUACCAAGUCAAACCAAUCAGAAAUCUGAAUGGCCAUUCGAUAGGUCAGUACAGGAUACAUGCUGGUAAAACAGUUCCCAUUGUGAAGGGUGGAGAGGCAACAAGAAUGGAGGAGCUGGAAUUCUUUGCCAUAGAAACCUUUGGAAGCACAGGUCGUGGAGUUGUACAUGACGACAUGGAAUGUUCACACUAUGCCAAGAACUAUGAAAUUGGCCACGUACCUCUCAGGUUAACCAAGUCAAAGCAGCUCCUGAACACAAUAAACCAGAGUUUUGGCACCUUGCCAUUUUGUCGACGCUGGCUAGACCGACUGGGGCAGACGAAAUACCUGAUGGCCCUGAAGAACCUGUGUGAUGUGGGUAUUGUGGAUCCUUACCCACCCCUUUGUGACAUUAAGGGCUGUUACACCGCCCAGUGGGAACACACCCUCCUGCUAAGACCCACAUGUAAAGAGGUAUUGAGUCGAGGGGACGACUUCUAGACGUAUUCUGGACAUUUCCCAUACCAGUCAGUGAGAGAACAUUUGGCAUGUCUGGACUACCUGUAAAACUUUCUCCUGUUGUAGAUCGUUACUUCUUAUGCUCUCCUUACUAAUUGAAAUUUUACCUAGGCUGGUAUUUUUCAAACUGGAAGUUUGAAAGGCAAAAUUUUUUGUUUUCUUUAGAAAAAGUUCAGUUGGGAGCAAUUCUGAGCAAUUUGGACUGUACAUGGAAAAACUUUUGCAGCUCUUAGUUUUGUAGCAGUAACACAGGAUUCCUACUGUUCCUUAAAAUUCUUGAUAUCCAGGAAUAUUGUUGCAAUUUUGUCUAGACCUGAAAUGUCCUUUAAUUUUAGGACAAGUCCUUGAAAAUACUUGAUAUUUCAAUGGUGAAUGUCAUAUUGCAUUAUGUUUGAAAUGGAAAGAUAAAUAAGCUUGCCAAUGUAUCAUCAUUAACCUCUCCCCAUGGUGUGUACUUAUUAUUAAUGGUCUCUGAAAGUGCUGGUAAAAGUUGUGUAAAAAUUUCCUUGUGAUCUUUUUUUUUUUUUUUUCUCUCUUUCUCUUGACGGCAUUGUUGUUUAUAGUGCUAUCUUUUGGCUCAUUGUGUUCCUUAGCCUGCAACCACAGGCCUGUGUAUCUAUUCAGAAGAUCAAUUGUCUGCAUGCCAUGGCAUACCCUUUACCAACACUAUGAGAAAAGUAAAGGUUAGUCUACCCCCUCCUCUUCUUCUGUUGUACAUUUCAAUUAAAUGGUCAGAUGCCAUAUAUUACAUUGCUGAUCUACAGGUCCUCUGUUAAAAUUGGGUCAUGUAUACAGCCGAUGCCCGCUAAGGCGAAUUCUGGGAUUGUAAUCCAUAUGAUUUGCAAAGGAAGAUGUCUAAUACCCAGGAUUGCCAAGAAAUAUGACUAUUUUUUGUUUUUAAGGAUGUGUUGAACAGCAUACACGCAUCAAAGUUGGUGACACUAUUUAGAAGGUACAUGUAGGUACAGGGUAUAACAUGGUAUAAACGCAAACAUUCUACAAAUUUGAUACUAAGUCUGUAUUUGCGACACCUUAGUGCAUGUCAAAGUUAGACAAGAAAGACCAUUUAUACAUCAAUAAAGGCCUUCAACUUCAAGCAAAAUUUUAGUUUUUCAUGCGUUGCAUUUAUUAUACAUGUAAGAAGGUUCAGAAUGUUGGAGUCCUUUGUGCGGUUUGCUCAUCUCCUUUUUCGUUCAUUUCUUGAAGUUGUAUGACGUGGGCAGUGGUCUAGUUGUUGAAGGUGCAUGGUUGCCUUUCAAUUGAUGUGACACACCAGGUGCAAGUUCAAAACUGCCAUUGAGCAUGGGACAUAGAUUACCCCAAUAACUGUCUAAUGUUAAGAUCGCGUGUCUUCCACCAGCCACUCAAUGUGAUGAGCA